ACUUUUCCUUUUGUCUUUUUGGAUCCACUCUGUAAUGUUUUCGUUGUCCCAAGAAUAGGUUCAAGGAAGUAUAUGGUCUUGCAGAUCCUCCUCUGGCCAGUAUCAACUUUUUUACCCAAAAUUCCUUCAUGUCCUAGUAGUUUUCAUCUGGUUAAUGCUUUCCGCCAGGUUUUUGAGAUUUUUGACAUACUAAUGCUUGGCUUUUCGAUCUCAUGAGGAUUUUUGCUAGUGUAACCUUUUUUAAAAUUUUCAAUAUACAAGCAUUGAUGGGACGAAUUUUAGCAUGAAAGACCAAGAUGUACUUAAGAGAUUGAUUGCUCAUGUUUUGGGCUUUUACAAAAAAAAGAGCCUGAUACGGUUGCUAAUGUGGUUUGGAACCAUCUGAUGCUCUCCUGAAUUCUUCUUCCCAUACUUUACUUUUUUAAGUGGGUUUAGUGACCAAGUUAGCACAUUACUUAGAUAGUCAAUGUGAGCCGGAAUGGAUAAUAUUAUGGAUGGAAUCGAUAAUAUUUUUAAUGGCACGACCGCAAUGGGUCAACGAAAACAUCCGUGGGAUGAAUGAAGCGGACAGUUUGCCCGUCGGCAGACAAACAAUGCUUUAAAACCCCAAGCUGAACGAUUGAAGGUUUGUUAUUUAUAAAUAAAAACCGAGAUGUAAGAUAAGGAAAUGUCGGCCGGUGCAGUUGCGAAAGUGAAGGAAUGUUUCUCGGACGUGAGUUCGUUGCCCGCUAGUCAACAUAGAUCGAUCCAAACAAGUCCUCGACCUUAAAACAAUGCUAGUUCGACCCUCAUUUUUUAUUCAGCGAUUACAACUAAUGAAUGCGUAUCGCCCUACAGAGCCACCAUACGAAAAAAUCCAUUCACAACACUUUCUAUUAUAAAAAAACCACAUUUAAAUAAAAUAGCUUAAUAAUUACUGUCAAAGGGUAACCAUAAUAGAUAUGACAAUUCGUAAUGACUUACGGCCGCAAAGAUAACGACCAUUCAUAGGACAAUUUAAAUAUUCGUUAAAUUAAAUAGUUUUAAAUAACUCGGUCGUUUCCUAUCGUUUUGGUCUACCUAUCCUUGUAGGCGUGAUGCAUCAAGACGAAACGACUGACAGACCGAAAAAUGCGACGAGGAAAGGCACAGGUCCCAUCGCUUCGCAGUCUUCAAGAGGAAUUUCCCACUGAUUGCGAAAAUUACGAAGAAUGGACAACCAACGGCGGUGUCCUCCAGUUGAACAGGACAGCUCUUCCGAGAUUCAAUGUAGCUGAGGAAAGAUCAGGCGAUAUACGGUGAAAUACUCGACGAUCUUUCGUCGCAUUUUAUCAAAUGGUGUUUUGUGCCAUCCUGCACCAGCACCAUCAACAAGAAGCCGAUAAAGAUCUUCUUCAGAGUUCCCGAGGCUGAUCAAAAAAGCAUUUUACAGGCGAAAGCAUUGGUUUUUUCAAAUUAGAAAUAACCCCACCCCGGAUUUUCUUUUUUGUUGCGAGGAUCACUUCGACUUUACUACGGAUAUAGUGAAUUUUCCCGAAUACUUGAGAAGAGGGUGUGAUAUAAGACUGCUGGUUUUGAAAGAAGACGUUGUGCCUCAUUUGAACUUGCAUUACCGCGAUUUUCCGACUCGUAACUAUAAUAAUGUUCUGACCGUAGGAGGAAAAACAAAACCCUCGGCGAACACUGAAAAGUGUCAAACCAUGGCGAAACGGCUGGACUUUCAAGCUGAAAUCGUUAAAAUCACACCGUCUAAGGAAGAAGACGUCUCGGUAAUGACAGAUUCGGAAAUUGAACACAACCAGAAAAGAAAAAACAGGAAGAAACUAACAGAAAAGAGAAAUUACGGAGGGUACGACGGAUUGAAACUUGUAACGAGCCGGUACGGCAAAGAUCUUUUGCUUCAUAAUGGAAAUAGUUAUUGCAAAUCCCACGUUUUAAGAAGUGGAAGAGUUAGAUGGAGGUGUUCGAGGAGGACGAGGAAGUUAUGCCGCGCCCAGUUCAUAACAGAACCGGAUAAAACGACUUUUGUACCUGGCACGGCAAGGCUGCAGCACAACCACCCGCCUAUCUUCCCCGUUCAUGAGAAAAAUACUACUCACAACAAGAGGAACGUAGAAAAGCAUGGAAACUCUCCUAAAAAAAAGUCGGAUAUGUUGCUUCGAAAACAGUCGACGUAUGAUUCCGCUUCAAUAAACGAGUACGAGGCACCGCGAGGAAGAAAAGAGAAAGAGAAUUCUUUUGAUGAGAAUUUUCCUAAAAGUCAAUAUGAAAAGACUGAUAUAACAACGGCCAAACGACUGUUUCUCCUUAGUUUUCUACCCGACUUGAAAGAAAUGUCCACAUCGCAGUUGCAAAUAUUCAAACAAAACGUAUUUCACACAGCAAGCACGAUUCUAAGUUGAUAUUAAUGUUUUUUACAUUAAUAGUUCACUCUGUAGCUUUUUAAUACGGUUCUUCUGUUUAUUUGUGUUACAACUUUAAUUUAGGGUUACAAUUCCGAUACAAGCUAAAGCUUAUUCUUCCAAAUUUCCUAUAAUAACAUAAUAACUAACCUAAACCUAACAAAUCCUGUCAUCAAGCUAUUUCUUAAACUUUUAUUAUCUAAUAAUUUCCAAGGUUAAUAAACAUAAACAUCUACUUAAUGAAUUUAUGAAUUGAGUUUACAUCCGUAUGAAGGUAAAGAUUAAGUGGAUUUGAAAAAAUGUCCGAAAGUAGAUGGAGACUACCUUUGGCCAUGAGUUUACAUUGGACGAGACAUCCAUGUCAGAAUUGUAAUUUCUGAAUAUCUGUUUAAUCCUUCGCUCCUACCUAAUCGAAGGAUUCUUCCGAGUCUAUAAUGUCUACUCCGACUAUUGCCCUCUGAGAGCGAGUACCACAGGGCAGCGCGUUUAGACCAAUCAUUUACCUGCUCUACAGGAUAUGGUUAAUUCACUAUUCUCCUUUGCCGAAGACAUUGCUUUGCUUUCCUUUGGUCCAGAUCCUGCAACAGAGAAGCUCCAGGAAUGUCCUGCUAAUAACCGAUUGGAUUUGGAGGAUAAUAUGAAAGCAAAAGUACCUUGAUCCAAGAAAAACCCCUCAUCAAAUAUUUCUUAACGAUACUCCUAACUUUAACCUUUUAUGACCCAAUGUUGCCUUAGAGCAAGACGAAUAUGAACAAUUUAGUUAAAAAGUUAAACAACGGGAUAUCCUAUAAGUUUGGGUGAACAUUUUACUGAUGACGUCCUUGCAAGGAAAGAAGCUGCUAUACCUCUGACAGGUCCUGAGACCUUCUAUGGCAUAGGGAUUAUUAGACAAAAAUACAAACUGAAAAUGAGGAAUUAGUUGAAUUAUUGGACAUAAAUAAUUCAAGAACCUUCUUGCAAGGCAGUAAAGUUACCCCAAUCCUUAUCCAAUAAAAACAACCCCUGAAACCCCAUCAGUCGACUGAAACAGUGAUGAUACAAUCGGGGAUUAAUCCUUGUCUAAAGUUGGGAGGAAUUUCUUGUAUCUCAUUACAUAAUGUAAAUAAUUAAAAAUUAAUGAUUGUAAAUUUAAUUAAUUUUUCAGAAAAUACACUUUGCGUGUGAAAUUAUAUAGGAAAAGCUCGUAAUUCGUGACCAGCAAAAAGAAUUAUAAAAGGAAGUAAUAUUUAAUUAAUGGGCUAAUCCAAUAUAUUAAGAAGAUAACUAAAUAUUUUCAAAAAAAGGCUCGUAUUAAUUAAAAAUUGCUAUUUUUCUGUAUUAAUUAUUACGAAAUACAGUAAUUAUUAAAAAUUUUAAUAUCCAAAUCGUAAUAAAGCAGUACUCUAUGGAGGACGUGUUGUGAAGUCCCGAAUAAUUCCCUUUUUAUUUUAUAAAGAAAUUUUUAAUUAUAUCAUAAAUAUCACAAAUUAGUAUUUUCCUCUCAUCUCCAGGAAUCUGUCGAUUCAAUGUGCACAUGCAAUGCUUUCGUUUAAGAAAUAACCGUGAAAACUUACAAUGUUUGUCAUAUGUUUAUAAAUAAUUUACAAGGUUGACAAAUAUGAACGUCUAAAUACUUACGAUACUGCAACUGACGUUUAAAAAAAUUAUGAGUUGACUUUACGUUUGACGAGAUAUACCACCCUCCAUUGUAUAUCGGAAUUGUAACCAUAAACUUACAAAUACCCCCUAAUCUAAGGAUUCUUUGAUUGGAAUAGGACUAUUGUCCUUUGGGAGCUGGAGUACCAAAGGGCAGCGUGCUUGGACCAAUUAUUUACCUGCUUUACAACACAGAUAUUCCGAAUUCAACAUCUCUGGCAGCGUCCUAAAUGUGAAAUUAGUAUUUUCCUCUCAUCUCUAGAAAUAUGUCGACGCAAUGUGUUGAAAUAUGUUCUUCUUAUUAAGAAAUAACAGGGACAUAUGUACUAUCUUGUAAUAUGUAAAUAAACCGUACAGUUACAGUGUUAUUUU